AUGUCCCAAAUCGCUCAGCACGUUGACUAUCUCAACUACAUCUCUCAGAAUACGAUGAGGGAGUUCAGCAUUCAAUCCCCCAACGACGGCACUGUUCUUGCUGCCGCCGCGGUUGCCUCCCAUCGAGUGAUCAACUCACAUCUGGAGGCUCAAGAACCUCAAAGAGCCCUUGGCAACUUCCAGGUGCUUCUGCAAUGGAUGGAAGAGCGGCUCAACGAGAGGGUCAAGGCAAUGGAGGAGCGGCCCAACGGGAGGGUCGAGGCAAUGGAGGAGCGGCUCAACGGGAGGGUCGAGGCAAUGGAGGAGCGGCUCAACGUGAGGGUCAAGGCAAUGGAGGAGCGGCUCAACGAGAGGGUCGAGGCAAUGGAGGAGCGGCUCAACGGGAGGGUUGAGGCAAUGGAGGAGCGGCUCAACGAGAGGGUUGAGGCAAUGGAGGAGCGGCUCAACAAGAGGGUCGAGGCAAUGGAGGAGCGGCUCAACGAGAGGGUCAAGGCAAUGGAGGAGCAGCUCAACGGGAGGGUCGAGGCAAUUGAGGAGCGGCUCAACGAGAGGGUCGAGGCAAUGGAGGAGCGGCUCAACGGAAGGGUCGAGGCGAUGGAGGAGCGGCUCAACGGGAGGGUCGAGGCAAUGGAGGAGCGGCUCCAACGAGAGGGUCGAGGCAAUGGAGGAGCGGCUCAACGAGAAGGGUCAAGGCGAUGGAGGAGCGGCUCAACGUGA